GCCGACUGCCGCUAGUGUCCGCCCAGCACCGGCGGAGAGGCGGCAAGACUGGACCCGAGCAACCCGAUGAGAACCAUCUCCACCCGGUCUGGAGUGGACCAAUCAACGCCGGGGCGAAAGCGUCAAGAGAGCACCCGAUGACUGCGGCGACUUUGUUAUCCCAGGGAUGAACAGACGUUCCCUGAAUCAUCUCCGUGGAGGAUUAAAUCAGUGCACAUGAGUCACCUAUGCGUGAUGGAUGAUGUAACAGUGUCUGGUUCUUCCAGUAGACCAUGGCACUAAGUGGAGCCACAGAGUAGGAAAAAAUGCUUUCUCACAAGCAUUUCAACCUCGUUUAUUGACUUUGCCAAGGACCGAAGCUGAUUUCAAGCAGUGGCGCCAUGAAGUGACCUCACACUGAUAAGUGGCACAGCCAUGGAACUUAAUCACAAAUGGACUCUUAUCAUUGUUUGUGAGGUCACGUGAUCUUUCCAAAGCUGUUUGAAUCUUUGAGGUGAUUUUGACGAGAGUCGCAGACAUGGUGCGGCGUAGGCUUUUGGGCUGGUUGGCCCGCGUGGGUGCCGUGCUGGUUUUACUAUGCUGCUCCUUGUUGUUCAUCUACUUGAUGACCUGCAGUCCCCUCCCCUUAGAGCCCCACGCUGGUGUCAAUCAGCUCAGCCUCGGUGAAAUGAGCCUUGGGGUGGAGGUAGGCAUGUCUGGAACUGGGCGAGCUCACCAAAGCGGGGUACCCCCAAUGAUUCACUCCUACCAGGCGCUGCUGCAAGAGCUUGAAGAGAAACACCGCCUGCACAUCUCCUCACUGAAGAAACAAAUUUCUCAGCUCAAAGAGGCGUUGCAGGAGCGUAGUCAGCAGCUGAAAGGUGUGCAAGACAGCCUAAAGAAAGCUACCGUUGGGGCAGACGUGCAUGGGUUACCGGCUGGCGACCUCGGAAAUGCCCCUGGAGCCAAAAGCCAGCAGGCGAACCUUCAGGACUUCCUGAGAAGCCAGAUCUCCAAAGCUGAGAUAACGGCCGGAGCCAGGAUACAUAGCGAAUAUGCGGUGGUACCCUUUGAGAGCUUCACUCUGCAGAAAGUCUACCAGCUGGAGAUGGGCCUGUCACGGAACCCUGUGAGGAUUGACAAACGGGAAGAGCUAGGCGAGGUGCUGGAGACUGCCCUGCGCAACCUCAACACACCGACAGGGCAACUGGACAGCAAGAGUAGCAAAGUCUACUCUCAGUCCGACUUUGUUGAAGGCAUCACGCGCACAGAGAAGGACAAAGGGACAGUGUAUGAGCUGACUUUCCGAGGGGAAUCCAGUCAGGAAUUUCGUCACCUGGUUUUCUUCCGGCCCUUCGGUCCACUCAUGAAAGUGAAGAGUGAGCGCGUGGACACGACAGAUGUGCUUAUCAAUAUUGUGCUGCCGCUGUCCCGACGCACAGACAACUUCAAGCAGUUCAUGCACAACUUCAGAGAGAUCUGUGUGCACCAGGACGGCCGCGUCUACCUCACAGUGGUCUAUUUUGGGAAGGAUCAACUGAGCGAGGUCCAACACAUUCUGGAGAGCACAUUCAGGGAAGUCAACUUCAAAAACUACACUCUCCUACAGUUGGAUGAGGAGUUUUCCAGAGGUAGGGGAUUGGAUAUCGGGGUUCGAGCGUGGAAGGGCGGCAACGUGCUGCUCUUCUUCUGCGACGUUGAUGUCUACUUAACCGCAGACUUCCUCACAACUUGCCGUCUCAACGCACAAUCUGGAAAAAAAGUAUUCUACCCAGUGUUAUUCAGCCAGUACAAUCCAAAAUUGAUCUACGGCGGUCCUGAGCACAUCCCGCCAGUGGAACAACAGCUGGUGAUAAAUAAGAAGACGGGCUUCUGGAGAGAUUUCGGAUUCGGCAUGACCUGCCAGUACCGCUCAGACUUUAUCAACAUAGGAGGUUUUGAUAUCAACAUCAAAGGCUGGGGCAGCGAGGAUGUGUACCUGUACCAAAAGUACCUUCACAGCAACCUCCUGGUGGUGCGGGCUCCGUCGCGCAACCUCUUCCACCUAUGGCACGAGAAGCAUUGUGCUGACAAUCUUGCACCCAAGCAGUACAGCAUGUGCAUGCGGUCCAAGAUCAUGAACGAGGCGUCGCACCAACAGCUUGGCUUGCUCUUCUUCCAAAAAGACAUUGAAGCACAUCUGCGCAAGCAGAACACGCAACAAAAACAAUAAAACCCUUAAAGACAUGAAGGCUAACAUAAUAAUGACAUUCUUUUCCCAAUGAGUGUUCAUUUGCUGGGAGUAAAAAAAAAAGGUGAAAACAUGCACCGCUGGUUAGGAGCAGCAUUGUUUUCGUCAACGAUGACUAUGACGGAAAUAUUUCGUCGACGAACCAUUUUUUCAUCUCGAUGACGAGACAAUAACGAGCAAACCACCCCCCACCAACUCACCAGAGUCCUCUCCAGUCUCCAAGCUUGUUUUGAAAACGUUAGCAUAGCAUUCACACUUCCAUUAGCAUUAAGCUAAUGCUUACGGCGAGCAGCCUCUUACACUCUCGGACAACUUUUUUUUAUAGACUGUUCAUGGCCUCCAGGUGGGUAUAAUUAAUUGAAAAUAAUGAACUGUUUUCUUUCUGAGUGUGUAUUAUCAAUAAGUUGGCGCUGUCCUUGUAGACGCUAUAAUAUGUGUGAAAUAGUUGGAAACCCUUAUUUAUUUAUUUUUGGAGUAAAAUUUGUUUAAUUUUACAGAUGAAAACAUUUUGAGUCAACAUCGACUAAAACUACAUAAAAUUAGUCUGAGUUUUCGUCAACAAAAACUAGACAAAGACAAACACAUUUCGAAAUGACCAGAAUAUGACUAAGACUAAUCAGUAUUAUCGUCCUAUAGACUAAGACGAAAAGUAAAAGGGCUGCCAAAAACAACACUGGUGAGUAGGAAACAAAUGAAGGACUGCUUUGAACUGACCUUUCAUUAUUUUAUAGAUGACAUUUAAUAUAUUUAAUUUCCUGUUGGUUGUUUGUUUAUAUGCAGUAUAUAACCAUAUAAUGACCAUAUGUCAUGUAUUUCACCCUUUUUGAAUAACCUUUAUAAGUUAAGGUUUUGAGCAGAACAUAUUCGGGAGACCCGGACCUGAAGGGGAAUUCAAGUAUUUUAAAGAGACAUUUUUAUUUACCUCUCAAUUUGAAGCAGUUCUCAUUUGUUUUAAUAAUCUGUUAUCAAGUAUGUGUUACUUAUCAGAAGCCAUUGUUGCUGAACUUUUCUCAAACUUUUAGGCUUUUGUUGAGACAGCUAAGGUGUUGCAUCUGAGGGGGAUGUGGGUUGGUUUGUGUGAAAGAGGUUUAGAGGUUACAGCAACUUACCCGCCCUUGUACCCCUGCAAACAAUAAUAAAGUCCAUUUCCUGUUACUUUUUAUUUAUUUCAUUUUUUUAAUGGGUUACUGAAAACACCUGAAUUAUUCUUUUAAUGGCCAUAAAUGUUCUUAAUUCCAAUUAAAGGAACACUAGGUAACUUUUCAACCUUUGUCAAAUAUUUUCAUAACAUUUGUGAUAAUAUGUCGACUGACAACUAGUUGAAUGCAGAGGUGGGUAGAGUAGCCAAAAUUUUUACUCAAGUAAGACAAGCGUUACUUCAAAAUAAUAUUACUCAAGUAAAAGUAAUCGUCCAAAAAAUUUACUCAAGUACAAGUAAAAAAGUAUUCAGUGAAAAGAAUACUCAAGUAAUGAGUAAAAUUGUGAGUAACUGGUUCUAUUUUUGUUGGAUUUAAAAAAAAAAAAAAUUACAUUUUUUUUUAAUCUGAGCAGUUAUCUAUAUGGAUUUAUUAUAAUGAUACUGUACAAUAACCCAUUACAUAACCACAUUAUGCCAAUGAAAUACAAAAAAAAUCAUGGAAUUCUGACGAGAGAAGAAAAAUUACAGAAAUGCAGCAUGAUUUGUCCAAAGAUCAUGACUGCCCUCUAGUGGAGAAGUUCCUUGUUGAAUAAUGAAGAGUUCUUUCAUUUUUACUAUUUUGAAAUUAAAAGGAUCAUAUCUCCGGUUUUCCGUGGUCAAUCAGUGCCAAAUAAAAAGGGCAGCGCUCUAAAUCAAAUACUUCAUUUUUUACAGUGCUUUAAAGACACAUGAUUGAACAGGCUGGCGUGAAGCUAGAACGGCAAGCUCGCGUCUGAUUGGUAUAAUGGAGUCAUGUGAUUAUUGUUGCGACGUCUCAUUGGUGAAAUCGGUAGUGCUACCCCAGUAAUGCAGCAGGCACGUCUCUACUCAUGGUAUCGCUGGCAAAAAAAAAAUCUAAUCCAAUAAAGAUGAAAAAUGUAACGACUCUUGUGUAGCCCAAAGUAGCGGAGUAAGAGUAGCGUUUUUUUCUUCACAAAUUACUCAAGUAAAAGUCAAAAGUAUAGCUUAAUAAAACUACUCUUAGAAGUACAUUUUUCUCAAAAGGUUACUCAAGUAAAAAUGUAACAGAGUACAUACAAGGCUUACUACCCAUCUCUGGUUCAAUGACACCUCUUUUAUAUCUUGACGGGGUCUGUAUCGCUUUCACCGGCACUAAUUAACUUUGAGGAAGGUGGCAGGAACCCUGCCACACAAAAAAACUACUAAUGUGCUGAAUGCUUUACAGCAUACGUCACUUCUCCCUUUCCCUAUUCAUUAUAAAGACGUAGGUCGAUGCGAACGCUUUCGCGCGAAUUCUGCAAAGAUGGCAGAGCAACAAAAGAGAGAAAAAGUUUUGUCUGAGGAGGAAAAAAGGCAGGCUACCAGGAUAUACGGACUAAACUUUGGCACGGCUUUCACUCACUGGCGUCACGCCAGUUGACGAGUUCGGAUAGGAUGGGGUGAUUAGCCACACGGUUGCUAACCAUCAUAUUCUAUUGUUUGGCCAAAACUGGAUUCAUUACCUUAUUACUAUUCAUCCUUCACACAGCCGCUGGAAAAAAGAUGUUGUUUCAUCCAUCUGCAGGCGACCAGGACAUUGAUUUUUGAUUGAUUGAUUGAUGAUUUAACGACACUGUAUGGGUGUGCGUCGGUCCUCAUGGGAAACACAGCGCUGGUCCUCAUUGGAAAUGCAGUCUUCCUUAAGGCAAAACAUUUUUUUUUUUUUUAGUAAAAAAUCAAGCGCAAUGUGACAAUCAGGCUCUGGUCCUGGUUCUGUUUCUAGCUGCGAACACGUCCGGAUGUCACCAGCAAAAUUUAAUACGUGGGAUAUUUGACAUGUUGUUUUACCCUUGUUCAUGCACUUGUACAUUAUUUUUACGGCAUAUAUCAUGGCGAAAACAAAGGACCCGCUCAUUAAGCUGCAAUCCCUGUGAAGCAAGGGCAGCACUUGACCAAAGAUGUGAACAAUUUUGAAGUGUUUGUAGUCAUGAAAAAAUUCAAGCUGUUUUUACAUCUAUCUCCUUGUGAACAACUUUAAUAUGUACAUAAAGAAUUUGCUCAAUUCAGUAGAUUUGGGAUUUUUGUUGUUGUUGUUGUUAUUACAUGUUUUUCCUGUCAAAUUAAAACUUUUUUUCUUUAAUUAUUUUUAUUUGCGUUAAAUUAAGACUUUUUCCAUUGUAAUAUACUGUAAAGACCUUUUUGGGGUAAUUAAUUCUCCGUGGAUUAUUUCAAUUUUUUGUUGUUGCAAUAAACAACCACCCACUGCUCUAGACUUCACACUUGUAAAAUUGUGACUUUUUUGCAAAGCAUUACAACUUUUUAAAAAUGGUCAUUUAAUUAAUUUUCCCUAAAAUGGCAGCUUUUUCUUAAUCAGUAAAAGAUUUAAAGAAGGCGAGGAAUUUUAGUUACAACUCUUUGUGAAACAGGCUUGAGUUUCCCCUCUUUUUCAGGUUCUGGUAACUUCCCCUUGUGUAAUUUCCCUUAUUACCUCCUUCGGGGGUUAGCAACACGCGGCUCUAUGGCGCCGCUCUAGGGGCUCCC